AUGUCCAAAAUCUUCACUGUCUUCGGCGCCACCGGCAACCAGGGCGGCUCCGUCAUCAGAGCCGUCCUCGCAGACCCCGUCCUCUCCAAGGAAUACAAACUCCGCGGCGUCACGCGCGACGUCAGCAAGCCGGCCGCGCAGGCCCUGACGGCCAAGGGCGUCGAAAUGGUCAAGGCCGACAUGUCGUCCCCCGAGGCCGCCGCGCCCGCCGUGCAAGGCGCCCACUCCGUCUUCAUGGUGACCAACUUCUGGGAGAGCAUGUCGGACAAGAUCGAAAUCGCGCAGGGCAAGGCCGUCACCGACGCCUCCAAGGCCGCCGGCGUCAAGCACCUCAUCUUCUCGUCCCUCAUCAACGUCACCGACGCCAGCAACGGCCGCCUCGCCCACGUCACCCACUUUGACGGCAAGGCCAAGAUCGAGCAGUACAUCCGCGGCAGCGGCCUGCAGUCGACCUUUGUCCAGCCGGGCCUCUUUAUGAGCGGCUUCUUCGGCUUCAUCCGGAAGCAGGACGACGGCAGCCUGGCCUGGGCCAUGCCCGAGGGCGUCAAGGCCGACCAGGCGCAGAUUCCGCUGUUUGACGCGGCCGCCGACACGGGCAUCUUUGUCAAGGCCGCGCUGAGGAGCACCGCCGACGGAAGGGUGAUUCGCGCCGCUACGGAUUACUACACCCCGUCGCGUAUCGUGUCUGAGUUUGAGGCCGUCACGGGCAAAAAGGUUGCGUUCCGCGAGGUGCCGCACGAGGCGUUCAAGGCGGCCUUCCCGCCGGCCGCGGCGCAGGAGUUGCUGGAGAAUAUGCUCCUGCUGCAGGCGCCGGGGUACUAUGCUGGCGCGGAUCUGAAGGACAGCUUGGAGCUCUUGGGGCGGGAUAAGCCGACUACGUGGAAGGCGUUUGUGGAGGAGAACAAGGCCAAGUGGGAGUAG